AAUACAACAAAUACGAUCCACUCAAAGCCGAAAUUCACAGCAUUCAUGAGCAACAGAACACCAUAUUGAUAUUGUUGAUCGUCUUGCUUGCACUCAUUGCUAUAAGAUAUAUAUACAAAUGUGUACGUUGGUUUCGACGUAAUCGCAUCUUCACAUCAAUGCUAAAGAAGCUGCACAAGCAGCAUGAAGCCGCCGGCACUGGCACAAAUGGCAAGGAUAUGGUAGUGGGAGCGACAAUAUCCAAUGUGAUGGCCAUAAAUGGUGAUAUGGAGCGUGCGCCAUCGCAGAUAUUUAGUGUAACGGGCGCUGAAGGUUCGGUAAUGACAAUGACAACACCAGUCAGCACACGCUAUCCGGCGGAGAAUAGCACUACACCAACAACUGUGGUGACAGAGUAUUCGUAUGAUAAUCAAGCGCUUGCAGUGACGCCUGUUUCGGAGAAACCAAAUGGUGGUGUGCACGCCUUUUGAACGAAUUUGAGGAUAUGUUUGCCAUAGCGAGAAGAGCGGAGUUGGGGAGAGGAUUUUCUAUCGAGAGACAGUAAAGGUAAAAAAUGAGCGAAUAACGUAUUUGGAAGAUCUGUCGUACGAGAGGCGUAAUGACCCUUAAUUAAAUGAUAUUAUAUAUUGAAUCAUCAGUAUAAAAAUUGUGAAAGUAUUACACGUCGGCCCAGUAAAGGAAGCUUUCACGACUACUUAAGCUAAUUAGGCAUUCGCUGAAGAUCAUCAUUAUAUUGGCGCCGAUCGUGUAAGAGAUGAUCAAUCUUAUGGAAGCAAAUACUUUAUACCUACCACCUCGCUUGAUUGAGUAUCUCAGUCGGGAGGUUCGUUGUUUUGUUCGAGCCAUUGAUUUGAUUAAGCGCAUUAGGCGGGACCGAAAAACUCUACACUUUACUUUACUAACUUUAAGGUUCUUGGAGAAUUCUUCUAGAAUUUCAAAAUUGAAAAAUUGAUUUUUUAGCUUCACCCUACUGUUCAUUUUCCUACACCCCUAUGCAAAUAUCAAUAAAAAAAAUUCUAUAAAAGCAGCUAAAAGCUAGUUACUUUGGCAAAAAAAAUUUAAUAUCUACAAGAUUCAAUUUUUUAUGAAUCGCUUAUGACUCGUAUGUAAAGUACACCUGUGACGUCAAUUAUACACUCAUGUACUUAAAAUUAGUAAUUUAUUUAGCUGUAAACUAAUGAGAAAUCAUUGGUGAAUUGUUUGAAUAAGCAACAAAUACAUCAUUGAAGAAGAUAUUAGAGAGCAAAUGUGAAUUCUUAAAAAAAAAAA